AUUCAAAUGAGGAAAUGAGAGAAUACUAAUUCUACUACCGACGCUGUCUGACCCAUUCACUGAUGAAUCCUGCAGCCUCAAGCCAACUUCUUCCUCUGUUUUACUUCUUUUUGUCUUUUCAAAUCAAAAUCAAGAAAGGAAUAAUGCUUAAUUCAAUGUGGGUUUCACGGUGGAUGUUAGGUUUUUAUGAAUUUGACGGGGUGAUGACUGUAUUGUUGGCAAGACUUGCAUGCUUACACCAACAACGCUUUUAAGCCAGUAACCUUCUUUUCUUUCUCUCUUUUGUAAUUCAUAUAGUUACAGUCUUUCUUUGCUUUAUUUUUAUUUUUUGUAAUUCUAAUUCCUGGAAGAAUUUUUGAGAAUCAUGUACUCUUCCUACCGCUUAAAAAGCUUCUCUGUAACUCUUUUUGUCUUCUCCAGUCUAUAAGCUCAUUUGAUUGCUCAAUUCUUCAUACAGUAUACUUAUGAUAUUUUGCUUAUGAUGGAGGCAAUGGAGAUGAUAGAGUUGUGGAAUGCCGUGAGCGGUGGUGAGUUUUUUCAGUGAUUAUUUGAUUAGAGAGGGGAAAAUUAUUUAGAGUAAGGAUGGUUGAAUUAAGCAAUAAUCUUGAUUAUUGAAUUAGUAUGCAAUUCAUGCACUUCAUUGAGUUUGCAACUUUGCGCUCCUCAUUUGAAAAAGAAGAAAAAGAUCUAAAUGAAUUAAAAAUAAUGAGUCUUGUGCUGAGAUGGCCCAAAAAAAAUCAAGAGUAUUUAUUUAGCUGCUGGAAAAGUUUCAGUGGUCAAAUUCAACCUGGAUCCAACGUCUUUUAUUAAGUUAUAGGCUCUUUAUUAGUUUGGUCCAAAGAUAUACGAAGUGAUGGAAACCAAAACUAAAACUAACGGAUUGAACAGCUGGUCGUCUCUAAAUUCUGAGUUAAUUCAUGAGUGGUUAUUAGAGCCCGCCCUGUCCAAGAAUGUACCACAGAUAAUUUUUCUGUUGUAAAUAAAAGUUCCUUCAUUGCGAAUUUAAGAUUACAGUAAUAAAAAAAUCGAUAACGGUGAUAAUUCGAAACGCUCGCACCAUCUUCAACCUCCAGAAACAACAGACUAAACUUCGUAUGUAAACCCGCUAUGAGAAGGACUAAAGGACGAGGCGGCGGUGGCGGCAAAACCCAACAUCACCAUCUUUAUGAAAGUUGGGCCGUCAAAGCUGACGACAACAAACCGCAUCAUCAACCUCAAGAACAAGAACAGCAAGAAUCCAAUAUUGAAUCUUCUUCUAUCACCUCAAUUUCAUGUCAGCAACAAAAAUCUCAUGAUACUUACCAAAACCCCAAGUGGGUUUCGCGUAACGGGCCUAGCCAUUCAUCAAAACAUGAUUUUGUAGAGAAUUUUGAAUUGGGUUCUCCAAAAUCUGGACCAAGUUUGAUUGCUGAAGUUGGCUCUUCGAAUAGGGAGCUUGAAAAUAAGGAAAACAACGAUGUGGGAUUAAAUAAAAGUAAAAGUAAAUACGGCAAAGAAGGAUAUGAAACGAAGGAUGGAGUAGACGAUGUUGAGUGUUUGUUGGAGAAGCUGCGGUUAGGUGUCGACGAGCCAGAGUUGUCUGAGGAGCAGCUCAGGAAUAAUGAUCAGCUGCAAGCGGAUGAGUUGCUUGUGAUGGAGUCCAUUUAUGGAGAGAAUGUCUUCAUUCUUAACAAGAAAGGAGGCCUAAGAUCUUUUCAGAUUCUCAUCCAUAUUGAAGCUACUGGUGAACUUUCUGUUACUGCAAAGCUUAAUUCAUUACAGGACCUUAAGAUGAAAAGUGAAAGUGACUACUCAUAUUCAUUCAGAAUUCAGUAUCUUCCACCAAUUGUUCUAACUUUCUUAUUACCUAAAUCAUACCCGAGUCACCUACCACCUUUUUUUACCAUUUCAGUUCAGUGGUUGGAUUCCAUUAAAAUUUCCAAUCUGUUCUAGCUGGACACAAUAUGGAUGGAAAAACCAGGCCAGGAAAUUAUAUAUCAGUGGGUGGAAUGGCUGCAGACUUCUUCUCUUUCUCAUCUUGGGGCUGAUCAAGAGAUAACACUUGGUCCUUAUGUACAUUCUGAAGACAUGCGUGCAGUUUCAGGAAGUGUCUCCCCUGAAGUUGAUAUUCCUUCAUUGAGGAGUUAUAAUGAUGAGAAGUGCCAUGAGAACUUUCGCCUUAACUUGCAUGAAUGCCUCAUCUGUUACAGUGAAUACACUGGCAGCGACUUUAUCAGGCUACCUUGCCAGCACUUUUUUUGUUGCACAUGCAUGAAGACUUAUUGCGGCAUACAUGUUACAGAAGGCACUGUGAAUAAGCUUCAAUGUCCAGAUGCGAAAUGUGGGGGUAUGGUACCUCCUGGUUUAUUGAAACAGUUGCUUGGUGAUGAAGAAUAUGAACGUUGGGAGUCUUUAAUGUUACAGAAAACACUAGAUUCCAUGUCUGAUGUUGCCUAUUGCCCACGAUGUGAAACACCCUGCAUUGAAGACGAAGACCAGCAUGCACAGUGCUCCAAAUGCUUCUUUAGCUUUUGUACACUUUGCAGGGAGCGACUCCAUGUAGGCGAAGUAUGUUUAACACCAGAAUUAAGGCUCCGUGUCUUAGAGGAGCGCCAGAAUUCGUCUCAGCUCAAAGACAAGCAAAAGCUUAGGGAGCGCGAGAUGAUCAAUGAACUUCUUAGUCUCAAGGAAAUACAUCGUGAUGCUAAGCAAUGCCCAUCUUGUAAGAUGGCAAUCUCAAGAACUGAAGGUUGCAACAAGAUGGUCUGUAAUAAUUGUGGGCGGUACUUUUGCUACCGCUGCAACAAAGCCAUUGAUGGAUAUGAUCAUUUUAGGGAUGCAUGUGAACUAUUCCCACGAGAAGCAAUUGAACAGUGGGAGAGGCAGAUGAAUGCCCGCCAGAUUGUGGCUCAGGUUCAAGCUGAGCUGUUUUCUGAGCAUGCUCACAGGUGCCCUAAUUGUGGUCAAGAUAAUGCAAAGGUUGGGAAUAACAAUCACAUCUUUUGCUGGGCAUGCCAAAAUCACUAUUGUUACUUGUGCAAAAAGAUCGUGAGGCGCAGUGCUCAGCAUUUUGGGCCCAAGGGUUGCAAGCAGCACACGCCUGGAUAGAUGCUAACCACCCUAUUUGAAGAGGAAAGUCAAAGACUUGGUAAACAGCAUGGUUAUUUGAUCCACUCUGCAGAUUGCAGAUAAAGAGUUACAUGAUGGCUACAUAUAUUUUACCAUUUAAUGUUCAGUGGUUGGAUUCCAUUAGGACUUCCAAUCUCUGUUCCAUGCUGGAACUUUAUAUUAUAUGGAUGGAACUACCAGGGCAGGAAGUUUUAUAUCAAUGGGUCGAAUGGUUGCAGACUUCUCAUCUUGGGGCUAAUCAUGAGAUGACACUUGGUGAGAGCUACAAUGAUGGUUAUGGUAUAGUGGAUGGUUAGGCUGAAUAUAGUUGAUAGUGAUGGUUGGUGACAUUAUAGAUCAGAAGGGUGUUAGAAAGUUUCUGAUCUAUUUGUUAAAAAAUUAAAAUUUAUUUAUUUAACGGCUCGAUACAAAUUCAGGAUCAAAUUAACCCUUUUUCUGGAAA